AUGGGGUCAGGAAGAGAGGUCAAACUCCUGCUGUGGAAGAACUGGACCAUCCGCAGGAGGCAGAGGAUGCGUUUCUUCAUGGAGAUUAUGUGGCCUGUUAUGCUGUUCAUGGGGCUAGUGUGGCUGAGACGAGUGAAUCCACUCUACCGUCAACAUGAAUGCCACUUCCCCAACAAGGCCAUGCCCUCCACAGGGGUCCUGCCAUGGAUCCAGGGAAUCUUCUGCAAUGCCAACAACCCUUGUUUUCAAUACCCCACCCGGGGUGAAUCUCCCGGCCUGGUGUCCAACUACAACAACUCCAUAUUGGCUCGGUUCUACGCGGACGCCGAGGAGCUUCUUUUUAGUGACCCAGAGUUUCUUCAGCUCGGCCGCCUCUGGAAAGAACUGAACACUAUGAGUAACUUCAUGGACACCCUGCGCACCCAUCCUGAACAGGUCUCAGGCCGAGGUGUAAAGGUGGAGACUAUCCUGAAGGACGAUGAGACUCUGACAUCAUUCCUGCUUAGAGACAUUCCUCUGACAGAGUCUGUGGUGUAUCAGCUAGUCAAUGCCCAAAUCAGGCCUGAACAGUUUGUCUUUGGGGUUCCAGCCUUGCAUCUGAAGGACAUUGCCUGCAGCCUGACCCUGCUGGAGAGAUUCCUCAUCUUCCCCAGCCGCAGAGGACGCUACGCUGUUCGUAAUGCCAUGUGCAUCCUUACUCCUCAACGGCUACAGAUCAUCGAGGACAAAUUCUAUGCUAAUGUUGACUUUUUCAAGCUCUUCAGACUGCUUCCUCUUGUGCUGGAUAAUCACUCUCAAGGCAUUGAAAUUCAACUGUGGGUGCAGGUCGUCUCUGCUGUCUCGGACAAACUGCGAGAGCUGUACCAGAGGAAUAGCUCAAGGGAGCUUCUCCAGGUCAUGACUCCUCUCUUUCAGAACAAUCUGUCCUUCAGGGAGGUGAUGGCCGCUGCCUCCAGCCUGGUAUGUGGCUACACUGAGCGCGCUUUCUCCCGAGUCACCUCCUUUAACUGGUACGAGGACAAUAACUACAAAGCUUUCCUGGGCAUCAGCGGCCACAGGGCACGGGGCCACUACACAUACGACAACAGCACCACUCCUUUCUGCAAUGAUCUGAUGAAAGAGCUGGAGUCCAACCCUGCCACCAGGAUUGUGUGGCACUCUGUCAAGCCGAUGCUGAUGGGACGGAUCCUCUACGCUCCAGACUCGCAGGCUGCCCGGCAGAUCAUACAAAAUGCAAACACAACAUUUGAGGAGUUGGAGAGGCUGAGGACGAUGGGGAAGGCCUGGGAGGAAGUGGCUCCUCAGAUCUGGGCUUUUUUCCAAGAUGGAGUCCAAGUCAACAUGAUCCGGGACACCAUCUGCAAUCCAUCGGUGAUGGAUUUCAUUGACAGGAGUCUAGAGGAGGCCCCGUUCUCCUCCAAACACAUCCUCAACUUCCUGUACAACGGCCCACCAGAGGACCGUCCGGCUGACGUGCCUGAUUUUGAUUGGCGAGACAUCUUCAACCUCACAGACCGGUUCAUUCAAAUGCUCAACCAAUAUGGGGAUUGUGUGCUCCUGGAUAAGUUUGUGGCUGUGCCCGACGAGGACACCGUCACGUAUUGGGCCUUGGACUUGAUGGAGGAGAGCAAGUUCUGGGCUGGCCUCGUCUUUGUAAAUAUGCACACUUGGACCACCAAUGUCCCGCCUCAUGUUAAGUUCAAGAUCCGUAUGGAUAUUGAUGCAGUGGAGCGCACCAAUAAGGUCAAAGACAGGUAUUGGGAUCCUGGCCCCAGAGCUGAUCCGAUGGAUGACUUCCGCUAUGUUUGGGGCGGCUUUGCUUACCUCCAGGACAUCAUAGAGCAUGGGAUCAUCAAGACUCAGACGGGAAAGGAGUGGCCACUAGGUGUUUACCUACAGCAGAUGCCCUACCCUUGUUAUGUGGAUGAUCUCUUCAUGCUGACAUUGAACCGCUGUUUCCCCAUCUUCAUGGUACUGGCCUGGGUCUACUCUGUGUCCAUGAUUGUCAAGAGUAUUGUCCUGGAGAAGGAACUCCGGCUGAAAGAGACCCUGAAGGCCGUGGGGGUCACCAACGGGGUCAUCUGGUCCACCUGGUUUAUUGACAGCUUCCUCAUGAUGGGCACUAGCACUGCUCUCCUCACCAUCAUCAUCAUGGGAGGAAGGGUACUGAACUACAGCAACGGCGUCAUCCUCUUCCUCUUUUUGCUUACCUUCACCACGGCUACCAUCAUGCAAUGCUUCCUCCUGAGUGUCUUCUUCAACCAGGCCAACCUGGCAGCAGCCUGCUGCGGCAUCAUUCACUUUGCCCUUUACCUCCCGCACAUCUUCUGCUUCGCCUGGCAAGACUACAUCACCAAGGACAUGAAGAUCUUGGUGAGUCUGUUGUCCCAAGUGGCGUUUGGCUUUGGGACGGAGUACCUGUCGCGGUACGAGGAGCAGGGCCUGGGUCUGCAGUGGGACAACAUCCAGACCAGCCCUCUGGAGGGGGACGAGUUCUCCUUUCUCACCUCCAUCUGCAUGAUGGGUCUAGACACUGUGCUGUAUGCCGUUCUGGCCUGGUACCUGGACAAUGUCUUUCCUGGCCAGUAUGGAAUUGGUCGACCAUUUUACUUCCCCCUUCUGCCCUGUUAUUGGCUCAACAGUGUGGCUCCCGCUUCAGACAACAACAAACUGGAGAUGGAUACAAAGGGCUGUGAUAACCUGACAAGCAAAGAGCAAGGAGAGCAACAGCAGCAAGAGGAGGAGGAAAACCAAGAUCAAGAGAAAGACCAGGAGACACCCAAGACUCUGGAAGAGACAGCGUCAUGUGAUCACCAGGAUCAGGGGGAGAGGCUGGUGGAGAGCCAGGCUGAGGAGAACCAGCUCAAAGACGGUCAGACAUUCUUUGAAGCAGAGCCAGCUGACCUGGUGAAGGGAGUCUGCAUCCAGAACCUGGUCAAGGUGUUCGGCAGUAGCUCCACACCGGCCGUGGAUGGCCUGAGCAUCAGCUUUUAUGAGAGCCAGAUUACUGCCCUUCUGGGCCAAAAUGGUGCUGGGAAGACCACCACCAUGUCCAUCUUGACAGGUAUGUUCCCUCCCACCUCAGGGACAGCCACCAUCUAUGGCAAGGACAUCCGCACAGACAUGGACAGCAUCCGUCUGUCUCUGGGAAUGUGCCCUCAAUACAACACCCUUUUUCAGCAUAUGACUGUAGCGGAACAUAUCCUCUUCUACUCGCAGUUGAAAGGCCGUCCAAUAGCAGAGGCCAAGGAGGAGGUGGAGAACAUGCUGCAGGAUCUGGGUCUUCCCCACAAGAGAGAUGAACUGACCCAGAACCUCUCAGGGGGCAUGCAGAGGAAGUUAUCAGUUGCCUUAGCCUUUGUUGGUGGGGCCAAGGUGGUGAUCCUGGAUGAGCCCACUUCAGGGGUGGACCCCUACUCCAGGCGUUCCAUUUGGGACCUGCUGCUCAAAUAUCGUGAAGGGCGUACGGUGAUCAUGUCCACCCACCACAUGGAUGAAGCGGACCUGCUCAGUGACAGGGUGGCGAUCAUCUCUCAGGGCCGCCUCUACUGCUGCGGUUCUCCCAUCUUCCUCAAGAACUGCUUUGGCGCUGGCUUCUACCUCACUCUUGUACGACGAAUGAAAGACGAUACUCCAAAGGUGGGAGCCUGGAGCCUUGUGUGUGUGUGUGUGUCAAUCAAAGCCAUUAAUGUGAGAUGGAAGUUGAAGUUGAGCAAAGUCCUUCCCUACUUCUCUUCUUCAGGUAACAUGGAAAGCAUCACAGCCCUGAUCCACCAUCACGUGCCACAGGCUCGUCUCAUCGAGGCCAUUGGCCAGGAGAUGACCUACUUGCUGCCAAACCGAAACUUCCAGCCCAGGGCCUACGCUAGCCUCUUCAGGGAGCUGGAGGAAACCCUGGUGGACAUCGGCCUCGGCAGCUUCGGUGUGUCCGACACAUCGCUGGAAGAGAUUUUCCUAAAGGUCACUGGUAAUGGGAAUGCAACCAACAGGAAAUGUGUACCAGAGACAGAUGGGGCUUUGCACACCAAUGGUCAUGGCCCGUGUGAUGUCCCAGAAGGUACUGCAGGCAGGGGAUCCCACCAGGUCAGAGGGCUGAGUCUCAUCAUCAAACAGUUCUUUGCUCUGCUGAUCAAGAGGUUGCAUCAUGCAACACGCUCCUACAAAGACUUCUUUGCCCAGAUCGUGUUGCCAGCCAGUUUUGUUUUCCUGGUACUGACCUUUACGCUGAUCGUUCCACCUUUUGGAGAGUAUCAAAGUCUGACUCUCAGUCCUUGGAUGUAUGGAAGACAGUACACCUUCUUCAGUAAUGAGCGUCCUAUGGAUGCUCAGAUGAGAUACUUUGGUAAGGUGCUGUUGGACAAGCCUGGCUUCGGGACUCGUUGCAUGGUGGAUGAACCACUGGAAGAUUUCCCAUGCAACAACAUCACCACAGAGUGGGAGAUGCCCCUGGUAAACCCUGUCCUGAUAGAUAUGCUGGCCAGCCCAAAAUGGAACUUCCUCCGACCGUCUCCAGACUGUCAGUGCAGCACACCCAGGAAACUCACCAUGCUCCCCGAGUGUCCUGCAGGAGCUGGAGGCCUGCCACCUCCACAGAGGAUCCAGUCAACAGGAGAUGUUCUCAUGGACCUAACAGGCAGAAACAUCUCUGACUACCUGGUGAAGACCUACCCGAGCCUCAUCAGAAUCAGCUUGAAGAGCAAAUAUUGGGUGAACGAACAAAGGUAUGGAGGUAUAUCAGUGGGAGGACAGCUUCCUGUUUUAGAGGUGCAGCCAAAGACCAUCCAGGAUCUAGCAGCACAGCUGGGACGACUGUUCAAUGUUACUGGGGGCAAUUGCUCCAAACAAACACUGAAGGACAUAGGGACAUUCCUCAAGUACAUGGAGACUCAAGACAGUGUCAAGGUGUGGUACAACAAUAAGGGCUGGCAUGCCAUGGUUUCUUUCAUGAACGUGGCCAACAACGCCAUCCUUCGUGCAAACCUGCCCAAGGGAGCCAACUUGGACGAAUAUGGAAUCACUGCCAUCAACCACCCUCUUAACCUCACCAAAGAGCAGCUCUCUGAGAUCACUGUCCUGACCACCUCAGUGGAUGCUGUGGUGGCCAUCUGUGUCAUCUUUGCCAUGUCGUUCGUUCCAGCCAGCUUUGUCCUCUAUUUGAUUCAGGAGAGGGUCACCCAGGCCAAACACCUGCAGUUUGUCAGUGGUGUCAGUCCAUUGGUCUACUGGAUGGCCAACUUUCUCUGGGACAUGUUGAAUUACUCCAUCAGUGCAGCAAUGGUGGUGGAAAUAUUCAUAUUUUUUGAUAAGAAGUGCUACACCUCUCCAACCAACCUCCAGCCACUUAUUUCUCUACUUAUGCUCUAUGGAUGGUCUGUGACACCCAUGAUGUACCCCAUGUCCUUCAUAUUCAGUGUGCCCAGCACAGCGUACGUCUCUUUGUCAUGCAUCAACCUCUUCAUUGGCAUUAACAGUAGUGCCGUCACCUUCAUCCUGGACCUUUUUGAGGGCACCACAGCUCUGUACAAGUUCAACCAGCUGUUAAAGUCUGUGCUGCUCAUCUUCCCCCAUUACUGCCUGGGUCGAGGUCUCAUUGAUAUGGCCAUGAACCAAGCUGUGACUGAUAUCUACACUCGCUUUGGUGAAGACUACAGUCCAGACCCCUAUAACUGGGACUUUAUUGGGAAGAACUUAUUCUGCAUGGCUGUUGAGGGAUUUGUCUAUUCCAUCCUUAACAUUUUGUUCCAGUAUCGCUUCUUCAUGGAUCACUGGAUAUCAGAUCGCCCAAAGCCUCUUAUUUUGGGAGAAGAUGUAGAUGUGGCAGAGGAAAGAGAGCGACUCGAUAGGAGUGAAAAAACAAAUGACAUUUUACGCAUACGAGACCUGUCCAAGACAUACACAGGAACAAUCAUCCCUGCAGUAGACCGAAUCUGUGUUGCAGUAUCACCCGGAGAGUGCUUUGGUCUACUGGGGGUGAAUGGAGCAGGGAAGACCACAACAUUUAAAAUGUUGACUGGAGACAUUGAUGUCACCUCAGGAGAGGCCUCAGUUGCUGGUCACAGCAUUUUAUCCAACAUCCUGGACGUCCACCAGAACAUGGGAUACUGCCCACAGUUUGAUGCUGUAGAUGACCUGCUGACAGGUAGAGAACAUCUGCACCUCUAUGCCCGCCUCCGUGGAGUUCCUGAGUUGGAGAUCAGCCGGGUUGCAGAGUGGGCUAUCCAGAAGCUGGGUCUAUCAGAGUAUGCAGGCCAAAGCGUUGGGACCUACAGUGGAGGCAACAAGAGGAAACUCUCCACAGCCAUCGCCAUGAUAGGCUGCCCUGCACUGGUGCUGCUGGAUGAGCCCACGACAGGUAUGGACCCUCUCUCCAGACGCUUCCUGUGGAACUCCAUCAUGAGCGUUAUCCAGGAUAGACGAGCUGUGGUCCUCACCUCACACAGUAUGGAGGAAUGUGAGGCACUAUGUACCCGCUUAGCAAUUAUGGUUAAUGGAUCCUUCAAGUGUUUGGGAACCAUUCAGCAUCUUAAGUACAAGUUUGGUGAUGGCUACGUGGUGACCAUGAAGAUCAGGGCAGCCAAGCCCGGGUGUGCUCCAGAUCUGAACGCUGCCGAAGCCUUCAUGGAGAGCACCUUCCCCGGCUGCAUCCAGAGUGAGAAACACUGCAACACUCUACAGUACAAGAUCUCCUCCUCCUCCCUGGGGAGGAUCUUUCAAAUGGUCCUGGCUAACAAAGACGAGCUCAAGAUAGAGGACUACUCGGUGUCACAGACCACUCUUGACCAGGUUUUUGUGAAUUUCGCCAAGCAACAGUCAAGAGAGGACGACAUCAUUGCGUUGCAUCCAAAAGCUGCCGGAGCACAGCGAUAUAUUGAAGCCACGCCCUUCAAGUCUUUGGAGAAGUGAACUUAUCUCACUGAGCACAAUUGGAAGACUUUCUUUGGUUUUCAUUUCCUCUUAGAAGCCGCUGUGUCUAAAGAAUGCGCCCUAUGUAUGUGUGCUUCAAGGACUAAAAGUUAAGUAGAGGAUUCUCUGUCAUCAUGAGGUCCUGCCUAGAGUCAAGCGACUGGUGCAUGAUCAGUUUGGGGAACACAGAAGAUGAAUCGCUUUUCCUUUGGAAGGGGUCUUUGUGGAUCUACUGUGCGGUGUUAAGAUCUGAAAUGCAGUCUGUGAAUGAGGCAGCCCUGUAAAUGGGACAUGACACGUGUCCUGUUUGACCGAUGAUCCGACACGUGGCAAUACUUUGCUUUUCCAGUAAAUGGGGUUAGUGGGCUUUGAAUUUGGAAAGUGUGGAGCAUUUAUGUACCUGCUAUAUGUUCCACGUUCUGCUCACCUUGUAGGCCUUGCAGACUAAAUGAAACGGCUUGAGAUUUAUGAGCAGCACCAUGACUUUGAUUGAUGACAUGUCAAAAAAAGUUAUAUAUCGGGUUUUAAUGGGAAUGUGAAUUAUGUAUUUUUUGCUUCAGAUGCCAAGCAAGAUAAUCCUUUUUUGCCUUCUGUAGAUAUGUGUAAUAAGCACUCUGAAAAGCAUAGCCGCAGCACUUAAUUGAGGCAGCUUUACCUAAAGCUUCAUAAUUCUUAUACGACGAUGUUCUGCUAGUGCAAUACAACUAAUGAUUUUUACAAAGUCCGCUUGCUGCUAUGGAAUAAUUUUUAUAUUGUGUGAUAUUUUCUUGCCACCAAUGUCUUUGCGCUUAAUUACACACGUUCAACUUUGGUAAACUGUCUGCAUUCCACCAGCACCCAUGGUGUCAUUAGAGAAACUCACAAAAGUGACGUUUCUGAGAGGGGCAUCAUGUCAAAUGAAGUACGUAUUUUCUGUAAGAUCUGGGCCUUUCCCUCAGACACUCUGUUUGAUUUGUUUUACAGGAAAAUAGCUCGAGAUUAUUCACAUUUGUACAAAACAGUCUUUGACAGUUUAAUAAAACCUGAGAUUAGACAGGGCUGGAGAACAACAGCAAUCGCUGAGCAUUUGAUAAGCCCUCUACACAUUCAUGACAGAUGUUACACUUCUGUAGUAUAGUUUCCUUUUCUCUGAAGAACACAAUCUGAGAUGUACA